AUUAUUUCAACGGAGCUUUACCGAAACACGGGCCUGGCACUUUUAACAGUAUUGGUGGCUACUGCUGUUGUGCUACCAAGCUUGAGGACAUGCUUUUUAGUCUUUUCCUGUGUUGGAUUUACGUUGGUUGGAAUAAUGGGAACAAUCCAUUUUUGGGGUCUGACAAUUGAUAUUGUGACUACCAUUUGUGUUGUGUUGGCCAUUGGAUUGUCUGUGGAUUACUCAUCCCACAUUGGACACACUUUCAUGAUAAGAUCUGGUACACGAAAGGAACGAGCUCUGACCACCCUACGUGACAUGGGGCCUGCAGUUUGGAAUGGUGGUUUUAGUACAUACAUAGCUGUUGGCCCUCUGGUGCUUUCCAAUUCUUAUCCGACAAUGACUUUCUUUAAGUCAUACUGCUGUGGGUAA